AUGUUUAGAUUGGCAAGAGCAGCGACAAGAGCACCACGCACAGCACGCCCACUCAGCACCACUCCACCCACACGCGAUGCGCUUCUCUACUUGGAGCACCGCGACGGGAAGCUGAAUGCUGGUACGCUGUCGGCGCUGACGGCCGCUCAGAAGGUGAAUGGCAAGGUGGUUGGAGUGAUAGCCGGGUCCGAGAGCAUUUCGAGUGCCAUUGACUCCGCCCGAAGACUCCCUCUUAGCAGACUGUUAGUGGCACACAGCGAGCAAUACGACCACCAUCCACCCAGCACACUCGCACCACUACUCAAGACGCUCAUGGAGAAAGACGACUCACUCACUCACCUGUUCGCCGCGCACACAGCUGUCGGGAAGAACGUUCUCCCGCGCGCAGCUGCCCUACUCGAUACAUCCAUCAUUGCUGAUAUACUCUCUCUCGAAGACGGCGGAGAGGUGUUUACGAGGGGCAUUUACGCAGGUAAUGCCAUCAGCACCGUGAAGAGUGGUGAAAGCAGGAAAGUCGUCUCGGUCAGAGCUACAGCUUUCGAUGGCGCAGACUCAUCUAGCAGUGACCAGGUGGUUGUGGAGGAGGUAGCCCCAGUGCAAGUGAAAGACCACGCUCCACACGUUUCGGAGGAAAUGACUCUUACUGCUCGCCCUGAUUUGGGCAGCGCGGCCAGAGUCGUGUCGGGUGGUAGAGCACUCAAGUCGGCAGAGAACUUUGGUUCCAUUAUUGAACCACUCGCUGACUCCCUAGGCGCUGCUAUCGGCGCUUCGAGAGCCGCUGUCGAUAGUGGCUAUGCUGAUAACUCGCUACAAGUAGGCCAGACGGGUAAGAUUGUCGCGCCGGAACUUUACAUGGCUAUUGGUAUUUCAGGCGCCAUCCAGCAUCUGGCUGGAAUGAAAGACUCGAAGCUGAUUGUGGCAGUGAAUAAGGACCCAGAAGCACCAAUAUUCCAGAUCGCUGAUGUUGGCCUCGUUGGAGAUCUUUUCCAAGUCGUCCCAGAGCUUACCAAGAAGCUAUCAUAG